CUAUCCGUUUGUUUGGCUCAUUCACGCAUCUGCAGUUCUGAAGUUCGCCACAGCACAGCUGUGUUCGUCCACAUGCUCAGUCAGCAAACAGCCAUAUUUGAGCACCAGUUGCUCUGAUUAUGAACAUGUCUAACAGCAGUCUCACACUCUUAAAGAAGCAGUUAACAAACAGAGGACUUACGCUCUUUCAGUAAGUUUUAUAUAGUCUUGUACUGUUUCAGAACCAUGGCCUUCUUGGGAACAGCAGCACGGAGGGUGAUGGCAUGCCAAAAGCCCCUCUUGCCCCUCUGCCAUGCCACCACCCGCUGCUAUAGCUCCCAGUCGACACACACCACAGAGAAGAGCGUCCCCUAUGAGAAGACCCUCAAACAGGAGGAUGGCAUCAGUGGACCCACCAAACCCCUGCCGAAGUUUGCAGAUGUUGUGGUGAUUGGAGGAGGAAGCCUGGGUUGCCAGACCCUCUACCACCUGUGUAAACUGGGCAUGACCAAUGUGGUUCUGCUGGAGAGGGACAGGUUGACUGCAGGCACCACCUGGCACACGGCAGGACUUUUGUGGCAGUUAAGACCUAGUGACACUGAGGUGGAGCUGUUGGCUCAUACUCGCAACGUGAUCAGCUCAGAGUUGGAGGAGGAGACUGGCCUCGAGACAGGCUGGAUCCAAAAUGGAGGCCUGUUCAUUGCUUCCAACAAGCAGCGACUGGACGAGUACAAGCGCCUCAUGUCGCUGGGUAAAGCAUACGGCAUUGAGUCAUACGUCCUAUCACCUGCUGAGACCAAGGACCUGUAUCCUCUGAUGAAUGUGAAAGAUCUUUAUGGCACACUUUACGUGCCUAAAGAUGGCACCAUGGACCCAGCGGGCACCUGCACCACCCUCUCCAGAGCAGCCACCGCACGUGGUGCCACUGUGAUCGAGAACUGUCCAGUGACGGGUAUCCAGAUCAAGGUUGAUGAUUUGGGCAUUAAGAGACUGAAAGCGGUAGAAACCGCUCAUGGGACCAUCCAAACACCAUGUGUGGUGAAUUGUGCAGGUGUCUGGGCCACUAAGCUGGGUAAAAUGGCAGGCGUCAAUGUUCCUUUGAUUGCCAUGCACCAUGCUUAUGUCGUCACAGAAAGAAUCGAGGGAAUUCAGAAUAUGCCCAACGUCAGGGACCAUGAUGCGUCAGUCUACCUCCGUCUCCAAGGUGACGCUCUUUCUGUGGGAGGCUACGAACACAACCCCAUAUUCUGGGAGGAUGUGUCUGAUAGGUUUGCCUUCAGCUUGUUUGAUCUGGACUGGGAUGUCUUUAUGCAGCACAUCGACGGUGCCGUGAACAGAGUACCUGCUCUGGAACAAACUGGAAUCAAAUCCACUGUCUGUGGUCCAGAAUCCUUCACUGCAGAUCACAAGCCCCUGAUGGGUGAAGCACCCGAAGUGAGAGGCUUUUUCCUUGGAUGUGGUUUCAACAGUGCAGGUAUGAUGUUAGGAGGAGGAUGUGGCAAAGAGCUGGCUCACUGGAUCAUUCACGGGCGUCCCGAAAAAGACAUGUAUGGAUAUGAUAUCAGGCGGUUCCAUCAUUCCCUGACCAACAACAACCGCUGGAUCAGAGAGCGGAGUCAUGAAUCGUAUGCCAAAAACUAUUCAGUAGUUUUCCCGUUUGAUGAACCUUUGGCCAGCCGCAACAUGAGGAAAGACCCCUUCCACCAGGUGCUACAGGAACAGGGCUGUGUGUUUCAAGAGAGACACGGUUGGGAGAGACCUGGAUGGUUCAACCGGGAUGGACCUGCUCCAAUUCUGGAUUAUGAUUACUAUAGUGCCUACGAUGUUCCCAAGAACAAUGAUUACAAAUACAGCGAGAUACUAGGCAAAGAGUACACGUUUGACUUCCCUCCACAUCAUUAUGUGAUUCGGGACGAGUGUCUGACCUGCAGGAAUGCUGUAGCUGUGUUUGAUAUGUCCUACUUCGGCAAGUUUUACCUGACUGGUCCGGAUGCAAAGAAGGCAGCUGAUUGGCUGUUUACAGCUGAUGUCAACAAAGCUCCAGGCUCCACUGUCUACACCUGCAUGUUAAACAAGAGGGGCGGAGUCGAGUCUGACCUCACCAUCAGUCGUUUGGAGCCAAGCCCCGCCCACCUCCCACUGACACCCGAAUCUAAUGGUGAGGCGUAUUACCUGGCCAUCGGAGGUGGAGUGGCGCAGCAUAACUGGAGCCAUAUUCAGGCAGUGCUGCAGGACCAGGGUUUCUGCUGCACACUAAUAGACCACACUGAGGACAUGGGCAUGAUCAGCAUACAGGGACCCAAGAGCCGUGAGCUGCUGCAGGAAGUGCUGGACUCUGACCUCAGCAGCGAUGCGUUUCCCUUCUCCACACACAAGAUAGUGAACGCCGCUGGACACAAGGUGAGGGCCAUGCGUUUGUCAUUCGUGGGUGAGAUGGGCUGGGAGCUUCACAUCCCUAAAGAGUCCUGUCUGCCCGUCUACCACGCCGUCAUGGCCGCAGGGGCCAAAUAUGGCAUUUGUAAUGCUGGCUACAGGGCCAUUGACUCAUUGAGCAUUGAGAAAGGUUACAGACAUUGGCAUGCAGAUCUGCGGCCUGAUGACACUCCACUAGAGGCAGGACUUGCAUUCACCUGUAAGAUGAAGACCUCCAUUCCCUUCCUGGGCCGGAAGGCGCUGGAGGCCCAAAAGGCUGAGGGCCUGCGCAGACGAAUCGUCUGCUUCACAGUUGAUGAGAAAGUGCCAAUGUUUGGUCUGGAAACUAUUUUCCGCAAUGGUGUUCCUGUGGGCCACCUGAGGCGCUCCGAAUUUGGAUUUUCCAUUGACAAGACCAUUGGCUAUGGUUAUAUCCGCAACCCAGAUGGUGGAGUGGUGAGCCCUGAUUUCGUCCGCAGCGGUGAAUUCACUCUGGAGAGGAUGGGCGUCACAUACAAGGCUACGGCUCACCUGAAAUCUCCGUUUGACCCCGAGAACAAGCGUGUUAAGGGCAUCUACGGCUGAACAAAGCCAGAAUGUAACUGGUCCAGACUGAUUCAGUGUAACUGAGGUAAAUGUUUACAGGCCUUUAUCCAACACAUCAGCAUCAGCAUUCCAGGACAGAACUAAAUACACUUCUGUAUUUAUAUUCACUGUCUUUAAGGGAUGAUGCACCAUAAAGAUCAUAGAAGAACAAUGAACUAAUGUGAAUUUCAGAAAUAGCCUGGUUAUACAGUGUAAUAGUGUUCAGCUUCUUUCAGUGCCUUAAAUUUCAUCUUUUUCAGAAAGAAAUCAUUUAUAUUUUUCAGAAAACCAUGAGCCUGUCUCUGACUUUUUUGUACUAGCUUGAAUAUUCGUGAGUGUUUUCAUAGAAUAGCUGUGCAUUAAAGAUGUUAGUCUUGGUUAAAUAUAAAAUCAAAUCAAAUAAAAGAUAAUAAUAAUAUAAUGGUUUGAUUACUGUAACUUUUGCCAAAUAUAAAUCUGGGCCAUCAGUUCAUCCACAUGUACUGUAACCAUUAAAUUAACAUUUCACUGGAUUUUAACCAGUAAAAACAAUAACCAAGGCAUUUAAUUUCCUUAUUGCUAAUAAUAGUAAUUCUUUCUAAAGUCUGCCCUUUAAGCUGUCUGCUCUUUAACUUCAUUUGUUGUUUAAAUGGAAAGUG